UCUGGCAGUUUGUGUGGUUUUAUUCACAAAGAAAUAUUCGUAAACAUGUUUGACUCAAACAAGGAGCAACAGAUUGUAAAGCCCAAGAGUUCAUUUGCUACGUAUAUAUCCGAGGGAGAUCGUCUGUUCCUUAAAAAAAACUACGUGAAGGCGAUCGACAGCUACUCAAAGGCACUGACCCUGAAACCUGAUGACAAGAACUGCCUUGUUUCUCGAUCCAAAUGUUUCUUGGACAUGGGGGAUUCAGAAAGUGCUUUAAGAGAUGCAGAGGCUUCACUCAAAACUGACAAAAUGUUUGCCAAGGGAUUGUACCAGAAGGCGGAGGCAUUGUACAACAUGGGAGAAUUUGAAUUUGCACUAGUGUUUUAUCAUAGAGGACAAAAGCUGCGUCCAGUGCAUCAAGAGUUCAGACGAGGUAUCCAGAAAGCACAGGAAGCUAUCGAAAACUCCAUUGGUAGUCCGUCCUCAAUAAACCUGGACAGUAAGGAAGACCUUUCAUUCCUUCAAGACAUGGGGGUCAGUACCUCACCACCAAGUGGUGCUGUUCAGCCCGUGAUGAUGGAGAAAAUGCAGCAGAGUCAGAAGACCAAUGACAAUGAAAGGACUGAAAAAAAACUGCUUGGAGAAUUUUACAGUGACAGGAAAUACCUGAAAAACCUACUGAAAGAUGAAGCCUUGCAGACCAAAGGUAACCAGCAGGAUGGAGAGAGACUGCAGGAGGUUAUUACCAACAGCCUCACCUUCCUCGAGAUGCGCACCCUAUUCUGGCACCAGCAGAGACCUAUUUAUGCACGGGAUAGAGAUCUCAAGCUCAGGCAGCAACAAUGGAGCAACCUCUUUCCUUCUGACCCUGCUGAGUUUCUGCUGAAGAGCCAGGAUGAAAUCAGUGAAGCGUUGGCAUGUGGAAAUGCAGCAGGAAGUCUCAAGAAGGCAAAAGAAGUGAUAAAGACAGUGCAAGAAUGGUCAGAGAAGAUGGUACCCAAUAAGAAAGAGGUAUUGAGCAGCAUGCACAGUUGCAUUGGAGACGCCCUGAUGGACAUGGGAGAUAUGGAAAAAGCACUAAAACAUCAUUAUAAAGCCUUUGAGUUUGCUCAACAGUGCGACCUCCUAGAUGUGAUGUCCAGAGCUCUGGAUAACAUUGGCUGUAUAUAUGCCCACACUGGAAAUUUCUUAGAGGCUAUUGAGUCCUGGGAGAAAAAGCUGCCGUUGGUCCAGUUUCCUUUGGAGGAGACGUGGCUGUGCCAUGAGAUUGGUCGGUGUUACUUUGAGCUUAAGCUCUACAAAGAAGCUCGAGACUAUGGCAUCCGCUCACUUGCUGCCGCUAAAGAUGUUGCCGAUGAGAAAUGGAAGCUGAAUGCUAAUGUUUUAGUGGCACAGUCAGAAAAGAACCUCAAAAACUUUGAAUCCUGUAUCGCCUACUUUGAGAGUGCCUUGUCCCAUGCCAAAACUGUCAAAGACGACUCUGCCAUAGAUGCUAUUCAGAAGGUUCUUGAUGAAGUGGAGCAACACUUAACACAAUAAAGAUUUCUCCGGUUUUGACUUUAGGUCCUUCAGUAUUCCUGUUAAGAAAAAUAUCUAUAGCAGACAGAAUAUGGUGAUGUAAAAAAAAAAAAAAAAAAGUAUUUGGCCCCUUCAUAAUUUCUUCUGUUUGUUUUUUCCCCACACUUAUGUCAGUCAUGCAAACCUUUUGGAAGAAGAGUCCCAUUGCAUUUGACAUAAAUCUGACAUGCAGCAUGCAAGAAUAGGAACAUAAUGCAAAUAUUAAAGCAUAAUCUGUGAUAUUGUGAUUUUUUUGGAGGGGGGGGGUGUUUUGUUUUGCCUGUUCUUGUUGUAGGGGACUGUCCUCAGUUGAUGUAGCCAUAAAAACAGUUCCUUUCCUGAAAAUCCAUUGGGCACAUGUCAGCUUAUCAUUUCAUGAUCUAAAUUACUCUUGGAUUCUAAAAAGCACGCAGUGUCCUGUCGUGGCACCAGUUAACAAUGUCUGCUUCAUGGACCAACAUUUCAGAAAACAGAAAUCAGGACUUUCCAACAUUUGGACAGUUGGUGGGACUUUUUAUUAUUAAUCUUCCAACACAUUGGUAUGUAUGGUGACCAAUAGGGGCCACAACACUUCUAAUUUAAAAUGACACAAAAGUAGAAAAUGCAAAU